AUGCCAAUACCAGUGACACAGCAGGAGAGCAGAAAGCCCAGAGGCAGGCCAAUGAGAACGAUCAGAGUUGAAGAAGAGCCAGAAUUUGAACAAAUUGCCGGAAAGAACGAGAAUGUGAUGAACCAGGCUAGCCAACACCUUCUGGCAACAGCGUACGUCGCACCUCCGAAAGACGCGAUUAUGCCUUGGACGGCAGUAACUAAAGCGGACGAUGGAGCAAUUGAUUUAGCGUCCGCUAGCAGAGGUCAAGUAGGUGAGAUUGAUCCGUACAGGGCUUACGCCUUCGAUGGCCCUUGCCACGCGCCACUAUACCGACGGCUAUACUGCAUCGAUCUUCAAGACUCAGCAGAUGUAAGCAAAUGGGCAGAACAUCUGCGAUGGGCGUUUGCGCAAAACACGCUCUUCCACUACCCAUGUCGCCCUGAUGCUUGGGACGAGAGUGCAAAACACAAGGAACGCAUGGUGCAGAUUCGAAGUGACCAGAACUGGAUAUUGGAGGGAUUUCUGGAGGAAUAG